AUGAGCAAACCAACCGAGCUUACGACCCUCGACCAUGAGGCUUACGGGGAGUCUGCCAGCGACGAGGUCGUCCUGGGCGAGAAGCAGGGGACCUCCAAGGAUGUCGAGGAUAUGAGGCGGAUGGGCAAAGAACAAUUGUUCAAGCGCAACUUCGGCUUCUUGUCCAUCUUCGGCUUUGCCAUGAUCUUGAUGAACACAUGGCAAGCGCUUCUCGGGACUGUCGCCUUCGGCCUGGGUAACGGCGGUACCGCCGGUCUGAUUUACCUGUACAUCAUUGUGGUGGUCUUUUUCUUCUUCGUCAACAUUUCCAUGGCAGAAAUGGCCUCGAUGGCCCCAACAGCAGGCGGACAGUACCACUGGAUCUCCGAGUUCGCGCCUCGCAGUCAGCAAAAGCUUCUCUCUUUCGUUGUCGGCUGGCUCUGUACCCUGGGCUGGCAAAGUGGUGUGUCCAUUGGUUGCUUUCUGGCCGCAACCGAGAUCCAAGGCCUCAUUGUCCUGAAUCACGAUAGCUACGUCUAUGAGCGAUGGCACGGCACGUUGCUCACCAUCGCCAUCGUCCUCUUCGUCGCCUUUUUCAAUACCUUCCUCGCCAAACAUCUCCCACUGGUUGAGGGUCUGGUUCUCUGCCUGCAUAUCGGAGGUUUCGUUUGCAUCCUGGUGCCGCUGUGGGUCCUCGGUCCCCGUGGAAACUCGCAUGAGAUUUGGACAGCAUUUGAAGACGGAGGCGGUUGGAAUUCAGCCGGUCUCGCCACUUUGGUUGGUAUCGUUACGCCGGCCGCCGCCUUUCUCGGUGCCGAUGCCGCAGUCCACAUGGCUGAAGAAUUGAGGAAUGCCUCCAAGACUCUCCCCAAAGUGAUGAUGUGGACGUCGAUUGUCAACGGCGCACUCGGUUUCGUGAUGCUUGUUACCUUUUGCUACACCCUCGGCGACUUGGACAGCGUGCUUGGCACUCCCACCGGCUACCCCUUCAUCCAGGUUUUCUACAACGCAACUGGAUCCAAGGGCGGUGCCACGGCAAUGUCAUGCAUUCUCGUCAUCUCGGCCAUUGCCAACGGCAUGACCAACAUGGCCACCGCAUCUCGUCAACUUUUCGCCUUCGCUCGAGACAAGGGUUUGCCGUUCCAUACGUGGUUCGCCAAAGUGGGCACCAGAUUUGAGAUUCCACUCAAUGCCGUUUACUUCACCGUCGCCUUCUCCGUGCUCUUCUCGCUCGUCAACAUCGGCUCCACCGUCGCCUUCAACCAGAUUUUGUCCCUUGGUCUCGCGGCUUUGCUGUCCUCGUACCUCAUCUCGAUUGUCUGCGUUGCCCUCCGGCGGAUUCGCAACCAGCCGCUACUCGACCGUGCCUUCAACCUGGGUCGACUCGGACUCCCCGUCAAUCUGGCCUCGAUUGCCUUCCUUCUUCUGGCCCUCGUCAUGAGCUUCUUCCCUGGAGCGGCCAACCCAACUACAGAGACCAUGAACUGGUCCUGUCUGGCAUACGGAGGAACGCUCCUCAUCGGAGCCUUCUACUAUGUGUUCUGGGCACGACAUCACUAUGUUGGGCCGGUUGAAUAUGUUCGAAAGAGUGCUUAG